GUCGCGGGUCUGUCCCUGAUUGCCUUUGCUUUUCGCAGACUCGGAGGAAGCCAGCAUGGACGCAGAAGUCCGGAAUCCACCCGUGGGUUGCCAAGGCGAAGACGAAAAUGGCUCGCUUUCCGCUGAGAAGCCCUCGGAGCCGGAUGAGCCCCCGAGCGACCCACCCGAUUUGGAGGCCUCCGUGAGCAACGGGGGUGAAUCCGAGAUGGAAAAGGAGUUGGUCGAGUUGAAAAUUAUCUGGAACAAAAAUAAGUACGACUUGAAGUUCCCUCUUGACAGCACAGGAGCAGACCUGAAGCUGAAAAUCCACUCGCUGACAGGCCUUCCACCUGCAAUGCAAAAGGUCAUGUUUAAAGGACUGCUCCCAGAGGAGAAAACCUUACGAGAAAUUAAAGUGAUCAGUGGAGCAAAAAUAAUGGUGGUGGGCUCGACUAUCAAUGAUGUCUUGGCAGUGAACACACCAAAAGAUGCUACUCAGCAGGAAGUGAAGUCAGAAGAGACCAAAAAAGAGCCUCUCUGUAGACAAAAGCAACACAGGAAAGUCUUGGAUAAAGGGAAACCUGAAGAUGUAAUGCCUUCUGUCAAGGGUGUCCAGGAGCGUCUGCCAACCGUUCCUUUAUCGGGCAUGUACAACAAGUCAGGUGGAAAAGUGCGGCUAACCUUUAAACUUGAACAAGAUCAGCUCUGGAUUGGCACUAAAGAAAGAACAGAAAAGUUACCCAUGGGAUCCAUCAAGAAUGUGGUGAGUGAACCCAUUGAAGGACAUGAAGAUUAUCAUAUGAUGAGUGCCAUUUAGCAGCCCAGUUGAGGGUGACCUGAACUUUCUCUGGGAAGGGGGUGUCAGAGCAAUACCUUGCAGGCCACUGUGAGUAUCAUGCUAAGCAGCUGAGGGAUAAAAUCACUCGGAUCUGCUCCAAACUGGAUUCCACUGGGCAGGUCCUUUCGGGUUGGCUGAGGCAAGGUCUUGCCCUGUUAUCUGGGAAGAGUUUCAUCCUGUGAGUCUUGAGGAGCAGGUUCUCGGAGUUGUUAGUGCAGCAACCUGUAUGUUAGAUCCAUGUCCCUCCUGCCUGGUCAAGGCCACCUGGAAGAUAAUGUGUCACUGCUGGCUUCGUUUUUGAGUGAAGGGGGGGUUCCCCCUUCCUUGAAAGAAGUAGCAAGUGCUCCCUCCUCAAGAAACCAUAACUGGAUCCAAGGAUAGUGGACAAUUUGCAUUUAAUAUCUCACUUCCCCUUUUGAGGAAAAGUUGAGGAGAAGGUAGUUGAGCUGCAGUUCCAGAGAAUCCUGGAAGAAACAGAUUAUCUGGAAUCUUUUCAGGCCGGGAUAUAAUAUUAAGACAGCAUUGAUUGCACUUGAUCUCAGGCAGGACCAGGAGAGAGGCAGUGCAACUCUCCUGCUCCUUCUUGAUUUCUUAGCAGCCUUCAAGACCAUUGAUUGUGAUACCCAGCUGGACUGACAUUGGGGUAUGGGAAGCACUGGCUUUCCUUCUGUCUCUUGGGUUGGUGUGUGGAAGUGGUAAAAGUGAGAGAGCAAGCCUUAAGCCUCCUCAGAGAUCAGUGCUCUCCCCUCUCAUAUUUAACAUGAGGCUGCUGGGAGAGGUCAUCUGAUGGCACAGGGUCAAGUGUUCUAAGCAUGCUGAUGAGUCCCAGUUAUCCAUCUUGACCCUUUGGCUAUCCAAGUUAUGCUUUUGAGACAUUGUCCCGGGGGCUGGAGGCUGUUAGGGUCUGGAUGGGAGAAACAGUCUUGAGCUCAACCCUAGCAAGACUGAAUCGCUUUGAGUGCAGAGAUCAGUUGCGUCUGAGAAUUUACUAUAUUUAGUUCUCAUGCGGUUGCACUUCCCCAGGUGAAACUGUGCACAAUUGGGGUCCUCCUGGACUUAUGGCUCUUGCUGAAAGAGCAAGUGGCAGCUGUGGCCAAGGAGGACGUUGCACAGAUCCAUCUUGUGCACCAAUUGUACCCUUUUCUAAAUCCACAGACCCUUCUCAGUGUCAUUCAUGCCCUAGUCACCUCCUAUUUGGACUAUUACAAUGUGCUCUAUAGGGGGCUGCUAUUGAAGACUGCUUGAAACUUCCAAUUGAUCCAGAAUGUAGCUGCAUAAGUAGUUAUGGGUGCAUCUCUGUUUUGCAAGUGUCCUGGUUACCAGUUGGUUUCUGAGUGCCAGUCAAGGUACUGGUUGUCAUCUAUAAAGCCCUGGAUUGGGCCCUGGAUAUUUUUGGGACUAUGUUUCUCCAGUUGUCUGCCUGUCUUAUAAGAUCUAGCAGGGUGGAUGUCAUUGGGUCCCAUCUACAGAACAAUGCCAUUUUGUGGGACCCCAGAGAUGUGCCUUCUCUGUUGCUGCUCCUGCCCCCUGGAACAGCAUUCCGCCUGAGGUUGGCUUGGCCCCAACUCUGCUGACCUUCAGGAAAGCAUUAAAAAUUUGCUUUUCAAGCAAGCUCUGGGUUGGACAAUUUGUGAAUGGUUACUGUUUGAAUUUUUCUUUUUUUCCAGUGCACUGCAGCUGUUGUAUUUGGUCCUGCAGGGGUUUUUAGUGCUGUUUUUAACCCAUUGUAUCCUGCUUUGAGUUAGUUCAAUUAGGUGACCCUAUAAAUUGAAGAAGUAAAUCCAUUUACAGAAAAUAGUGACACAGCUCUGGGUCUCUUGGCAUUAUUAACAUCCCCUUUAAUGCAUUUUCUGCUCUCCUCCUGUUCAGUUACUUUGGGGGACAAGAACACGAACAUCAUCUCAGAAUGCUAUUUGCUUGAUAAGCCCACCACGCCCCCAGUAGUGCUAAUGGAUGGUCUUGCAUCUGGGGGGAACAACUAUGAUUAGCUGCUUUCUCUUCAUUGCACAUCGAUGCUAACUGCUUUGGUUCAAAAUCUGUUUUGUUGUGUCUAGCCUGGCAGACUGGUUUAUACUUUCACAAGAUAGCUAGAUUACAAACCAGCUUCAGCCUGUGGUUGCAGUCCCAGUUUGGUUCAAUUGGUUCCUAAUUGGCCAGUUCAAAUGUAGCAGCAGACCAUGGUUCGUGGCAUAGAUGAAUUGGUAACCAGGAUGGAGGAUCCAAGGGGAGGAGAAAGCAGGGUCCUCAGGGCUCCUUCUUGUGGUGCAGCUGUAGGGUAGCUGAACAUCCACAAGCCUUACUGAGUAGGAAAAAUGGGGCUGGGGGAGGGCCUCAGACUUGCCAGGAAUGGCCCAAGACCGUUACUUUAUUGCUGCUGGACUCCAAGUAAGAGUUUCUGAUAUAAAGACCUUGACUCUAACACUGCGAAGUAAAUGCAGAUCUUAUAUAUGAGGGGCCUGACGCUGACCUGCGCUGAAGGAAGUGGUUGUGGCUUGUGGGUUUUAAACCUCCUCCUCCUCCUCCU